GUUCUGUCGUCCUGCCCGGCGAAGAAGAAGUUCUGAAUUAGAUGCACUAUAUAAGGCUGUCGACGAUCUGUCUCGAUCAGUUCAUUUCGUCCUCGGUGCCUGAUUGGAGUUCAGAUUCGUCCUAACGCAAAUCCAUUUCAACAUGAAAUUCUUGAUCGCCCUGACUGUCCUGGUUGCCGUCGCUUCGGCUCGGCCGGACGUGAUGGUGAAGAACCAGGAGCUGGACAUCACUCCCGACGGCACCUUCAAGCACCAGUAUGAACUCGACGACGGAACUGCGGCCGGUGCCGAAGGCAACGCCAACAACGUCAACGGAUUCUACCGCUACAGGACUCCGGAGGGCGAGAAUGUGGAGAUCACCUAUGUUGCCGAUGCCCUCGGAUAUCAACCGCAGGGCGCCCACGUUCCGGCUCAGCUGACCAAGGUUCUGAACUACAUUCGCUCCAACUACAAGCUGUAAUAAACUGAGCUGAGUGCCAACGCAAA